AUGUCGUCAGCCGAUGACUUUAAGAUCUUGAAGGAGUUACGAGGAGUUCAUCGCGUCGCUCGCGCUGGCGUGGGACUCGUCCGAGGCGGUGGAGAAGCUUUAAUACGGGCUGUACCAGGUCAAAUCCGAUGUUCAAACGGUGUACCUACCUAUGUUGAGGCCAAGUCGGCGCAGCUACAACAGGAGAGUGAUCGCGCAAAUCGUGCCGCCCAGCCAGCUCGGUCUUAUGCUUAUGAGGGAUCAGAGCCUCUCUUUUGA